UGGGAAAGGGGAAGAAAAUAGAAAAAAUGGGGAAGGGAAGGGCUAAAUAUGAAAAGAGAAUUGGAUUGGGAAUUCGCAGAAUUGGGGUUUGGCAUUGGGUGCGUGUGACUGAAUCAAAGGAAAAUAGAAUUUGAGGGAAACUCGACAGCAAACAACAUAUAACGGGAGAGAAGAGAAGAGAAGAGAAGAAAAACCUAAAAAUCCCGUCUUACUUCACUAACUCUAUUCUAUCUCAUGAGCAAAACUAGAAUAAGCGAGCCAUGGUAUCCAUUCAUAUGCUGAUCUAUGUUAGUGCUAUUCAAGUAAUUUUGGUUUUCUUCCCAGUUGAUAAUGAUUCAACAACUGAUGAAAGAUUGACACAUGGAUCCUGAGAGCAAAAAAUUUGGAGGACCUAGAGAAUUGACAGGUUCUGUGGACCUAUUAAAUCACUUCAAAUUACUCCCUCAUUUUGAGUUUUUCUGCAAGAGGCCACUUCCUGUUUCAAUUUCAGACGCACACUAUUUACACAACAUUGUAGGAGACACAGAAAUCAGAAAAGGAGAUGGGAUGCAGUUGGAUCAACUUAUUCAGAAUUCAUCUUUGUCCAGUGGUACUAAUUAUCGUAUACAGCCUUUGGACUUUGAUAUUCUAAAGGAGGCUUUUCAACUCAAGGAAAAUGCUCCGAUUGAUUUGCCUGCUGCCGAGAAGGGGAUUCCGACUGUUGCAGGAAAGUCAAAAGGUGAGUCUAAAGAUGAGAAGAAGCAUAAAAAACACAAAGACAGGGACAAAGAUAAGGACAAGGAGCAUAGGAAGCACAAGCAUCGGCAAAAAGAUCGAAGCCAAGACAAAGAAAAGGAUAAAAAGAAAGAUAAAAGCAGGCAUAAUGAUUCUAGUGCUGAUCCUUCAAAGAAACACCAUGAGAAGAAAAGGAAGCAUGUUGGAGAUGAUGACCUUACCAAUGUGCACAAACACAAAAAAAGUAAGCAUAAGAGCUCAAAAAUUGAUGAAUUGGGGGCAAUAAAGGUUGCAGGCUAAAAUGGUUACAUACUGUAGUUCUCUUUUCCUCAAUUGGUUGUUUUCAUUUGUUAUAGUUUGUGGAGGGGUGUGUCACUUGGCAUUAUCAGAUUUCUUGAGGUACUUAAUUAUAUUUGCCACAAUCUUUAAUUUUUGUCUGAUGUCUAGGUGCUUUGUUCUUCUUUUGAGUUGUUUUUUAUUUUAGAUUGUUGAUGGUGCAUCUUUAGUUCUUUUUACAGUCUUCUAAAGUACGCAUUUUAAUGUUUACGAUUGUAUUUGCUGAAUUAUUUUGGGCCAUGCAUUCAAUACCUUGUUAGAAGAGUAUGUAGCCAUCAUGUGCUAAAUAAGAAAAGGUUUCUAAUUAAAAAGCUGGUUUUGCCCUCUAGUGGCAAUUUGAUGUAGAAUUUUUGGGGAUGGGGAGAGGGGAAGGUGAAAAGACAGCUGACAUUUAUUAUUUAUGAAGAAUUUCGUGAUUGAAUCUAGCUUUGGCUGCUGCUGCUGUUAUUGAAUCUGAUUGGUAAUUGUUAUAAUAAAGUGACCUCACCCAAGUAUUUAAAAAAAGAUUGAGUUUGUUCUGAUCUUUUUUAAGCUACUGUCUGGGCAAAAUCUUAAAUAUUUCUCUAGCCUUUGCCAGGUAAGCAAAAGAAAGUCAAAAAGCAAGUGAAGUUUUUCAGAUUUGUGUUUUUUUUUUAAGCUUUUGUAUGGAGCUUGUUUUGUAUGUCUCUAGUUAGAAAUAUGAAAUCCUUUUGGAGAUUAUAUCUUGACUACAUGGAUUGAUUCAAUUUUUGGUUUCCCUUAUUUCAUAGAUUCUAAUUAUGAUUUUAUGUAACAACUAUGGAGCUAUGCUAUUAUAAUUUAGUAACGUGCAAUCCCUGUCUUAUGUAAUUUCUUGGUUUUUGAGAGUGCUCACUGCACAAGUUUCAUAACUCUACCUAUUGCUUCAUUUAUGAUUUAUGCUCAAUUAUGUAAUUGCCAAGGUUGUGUUAUCUUAUUAUUGUGAUGUUGGUUUGUAGAUAGAGAACUAUUCAUGAACAAUAGCUUAAGGUUUUGGGAGACUUGAUUCUUUUCUUGACUUGGUUUAAAGCCUCUUAUAAGCACCCAAGCACUUGGGGAAUCCUCCCUUAAUAGCUAGCUGUCAAGGGGGGAGAACCAAGUCACUUAACUACUUAAAUACUCCACUGAACACUUAAGCUUCUCAAUGUGGGACUUAUGUAUCCCAUAAUUCCUAAGUCCCUAUCAUAGCACCGCUCUUGAGAGUUGAUGUCCCAUUAACUGCACUCUGCGGCUCUUCACUCAGUCUUUCACCCCCUCAACAUGUAGUCCUUUCUGAGAUACUAAAAACCAACUCUGAUACCAAUUGUAAGCACCCGAACCUCCCUUUAAACACUAUUUGUCGAGGAUGGAUAACCAAGCCACAUAAGUAUUCUAACGGGCAUUCCACAUUACUCGAUGCAGGACUUAGGCACUUCAUGAUACCCAAGUCCCCUAUCAGCUUCUUUGACUAAAUGACAAGCUGUUUGAUUCUAAUCACAUCUAUUCAUCUAAAUAAAACUUGAAUUUCAGUACAUUUUAUGGAGGGCCUGUACAUUGUCCUUGCUUCAAGCCCAAAGGGCUGUUGCAUGAGGGGACAUGUUAAAAAUAGAACUGUUGUUAUUAGUAGUUAAAUGCCUAUUGGAUUUUGCAGCAAUUAAUUUUUGGAUCAUGUACAUAGAUAUUCCUGUACUAGAAUAGACCGUGCAUGUUCUUAGGAGCUGGAAUCAUCAGUUAUCUCCUUGUAAACACCAAAUUGUAAUCAUUACGAAAUUGUAUAUAAAUACUAGAUCAGCCGAGUAACUCCCUCUAGUUAUUAAGAAAAUUCAUUCUCAUAAUCCCUAAAACUUUCUCAAGUUGGUGUCAAACUGGACAUUCUCCUAUCUUUGUUGUCUUUUGGGGGCUUCUGUCUAUGGUCCAGCAGAACCUUCUAAUCCCUAAAGGCAUGAACUGUAAUAAUCAGUGUUAUUAAACCUGGCUCACACCGGCCGGUUGGACCAGUCCGACUGGGAGCCAGACAGGUGAACGGGCUGAGUCAAUAUUAGGAUUGGACAUGUAAUUGGUCCAGUGAUGAUGUCAUCAAACUGGCCAAAAACUGCAUUGAAUCGAUAAAACCGGGCACCAGUCAGACUAACCAAUGUUUGGCUUAAUUCUUGUUUCGCAUGACUCUGCUAUGCUGAACAUGACUCUGGCUGGUGCUGUUGGCAUGGGGCUCAAUGUGCUUGUUUCUCAUGACAUGUACUUACUGAGGUGGUCUGAUGUGAAUGCUGUCUUGUGCUGGCUUUUUUGCUUUGUUAAUAAUAUAUUUAGACAUAAAAUGUAAAAAAGUCCCUUCAAGGAAUCGAUCCCAUGACUUUUAGGCUUUUGGGGCAUCACAGCAAACCACUGAGCCACUGCAAUAGCCGAUGGGUUUUGUGCUCCUUUCCUAUGUGGAGAAUAAGUCCAUUAUGUCUCACUUAACCAAGUAGAGAGGGGUCAGAUUAAGAUUGAGAGAGUAGCUCAUUUUGGAAGAAAAUAACAACAAAAUAUAGAGAGAAGAGAAGAGAGAAAGUUUCAUUGUUAAGUUUACAUAUCCACAAGGUAGCAGUUUUUGAUUUGCAACUGAAAGUUUGUUCACCGUUGGA